AUGCAGCUGCCAUUGCUUUCGUGCGGUCUCUUGGGCCUACUGGCCAGCCAGGUCGUCGCCACAGCCCUGACCUACAAGGUUCAUGCGAACGAGAGGGCGUGCUUCUACACAGCAACACAGAACAAGGACGAGAAGAUUGCCUUUUACUUUGCCGUGCAAUCCGGUGGUUCCUUCGAUAUCGAUUACGAAGUGACGGGUCCCAAUGGGAAAUACAUCAUGGAUGGCCAGAAGGAGAGGCAGGGAGACUUUGUCUUCACCGCCAGGGAGGUUGGCGAAUACUCGUUCUGUUUCAAUAACGAGAUGAGCACAUACACCGAGAAGUUUGUCGACUUUGAGAUUGCUGUCGAGAACGAAGCGCGCGUUACCAUUCCCUCGAAGCAGGGCUCGUCACCGGAACAAACAUCAGCCCUCGAGGAGUCCCUGUUCAAGCUCUCGGGCCAGCUGUCCACCAUCACCCGCAACCAGAAAUACUUCCGCACCCGUGAGAACCGCAACUUCAGCACCGUCCGCAGCACAGAACAAAGAAUCGUCAACUUCAGCAUCGUCCAGAUUCUGAUGAUCAUGGCCAUGGGAGCUCUGCAGGUGUUUAUUGUCCGCUUCUUCUUCCAGGGUGCGCGGAAGGGCUACGUAUGA